CUGCCCUUGUAAUGAUGAUGGGAGUGUCCUGUUGGAUGCUGAGCCUCUAUAACAUCGCAGUCCAUAGUAUUCAGACACAGUUGGGGUGCUCUUUCGUGGGAAUUAAAGCAGAAUUGGAUCACAACUAACAGGAUUUUAUAUGGAAACUUUGUGUUCACCAUUUGUGGAAGAAACAAGCUUUGCCAGAACAGAGGAUGAAGAUGAGGCUGAAGAAAAUGAAGAGGAGGAUAAAGAUGAUGCACAAACAGAGGAAUCAGCUGACAGGAAGCAACGACCGACAGCCUUUCUGCCGUGUUUUUACAGCAGAAUGGGCAAAGAGGUGUACAGCUACGCUGGCCAUGAGAUUGUUAUCGAAGAGGGUCUUGACUCAUUUGCAGGCAUGAUAUGGCCUGGGGCUUUGGCUCUCUGUCACUACCUUGAAACUCACCGUGACCAGCUGAAUCUUGUGGACAAAACUGUCCUGGAGAUUGGAGCAGGAACUGGUCUUGUGUCUGUGGUAGCGACACUUCUCGGUGGUUGGGUCACAGCGACAGACCUUCCAGAGGUUUUGAGUAACACUAGAGCCAACCUGUGCAGGAACACCAGGGGUCUCUGCCGACAUGCACCCCAGGUGACACCUCUGUCCUGGGGCUAUGAUCUGGAGAGCACCUACCCUUCGUCCGUCUACAGGUAUGACUACAUCCUUGCAGCCGAAGUGGUUUAUCAUCAUGACUUUAUGGAUGAGCUCUUGGUCACCAUGAAGCAUUUCUGCAAACCUGGAACAACACUGAUCUGGGCCAACAAGGUCCGACUUGAGUCCGAUCUAGUGUUCACGGAGAACUUUAAGAAAGCCUUCCACACAAGUCUACUGGUCGAAGAAGGAGAGAUGAAGAUCUUCAUGGCAACUAGUAGGGAAGGAGAUGAUGAAGUAGAUCAGGGACUGGAAAUCCAAGAUCUGUUGGGAGAAGAAGAUGGAAAGACUGUGGAGGAAGAAAGCCACAAAGACAAGGGUGAAGACAAACCCUCCUGUGCCUGUACAGAGGUGAGAGCUGAUAUACUGGACAAUUACAAUGAGGAGGAGUGGGAAGAAGACGAAGAGUUUGAAAGUGAUGAGGAGGAAGAGGAAAUUGUGACCUCCAAAGAUGAUGAAACAGAUGAGCAAAAUGAGACUGUUGCAAGCAAUGACAACAUUUCUGAACAGGAGUCUUCGGACCAGACAGUUGUAAGGCAGAAAUGGGUUCCAAACAUCAUUUUCCGCGUUAACAAAGACAUCUACCAUUACGUAGGGCAGGACAUCGUCAUUUAUGAAUCCAUAGAUUCAUUUGGAGCAAUGAUGUGGCCAGCUGCGUUGGCUUUGUGCUCCUUCCUUGACAACAACAGGGACACAGUGGACCUGCGAGGGAAGGGGGUGCUGGAACUGGGAUCAGGAACAGGAUUGGUAGCUAUUGUGGCCAGUCUACUGGGAGCUUCAGUCACAGCCACAGACCUUCCAGAGAUAUUAGGGAACCUUCAAGCCAACUUAAUGAGGAACACCAGGGGUCUCUGCAGACACACACCCCAAGUGGCACCUUUGUCCUGGGGCUAUGACCUGGAGAGCACCUACCCUUCGUCUGUCUACAGGUAUGACUACGUCCUGGCAGCCGACGUGGUUUACCAUCAUGACUUCCUGGAUGAGCUCUUGGUCACCAUGAAGCAUUUCUGCAAACCAGGAACAACACUGAUCUGGGCCAACAAGGUCCGACUUGAGUCCGAUCUAGUGUUCACGGAGAACUUUAAGAAAGCCUUCCACACAAGUCUACUGGUCGAAGAAGGAGAGAUGAAGAUCUUCAUGGCAAUGAGUAGGGAAGGAGAUGAAGGUGACCGGAACAGACUGAGUAGGCCUACAGGAUGCAGGCUCAAAGCCUAAGGAGGUUUAAAGGACUUAAUGUUGAACCUUUCUUUGUGAUUCAGUUUUUUCAAAUGUCGUCAGAUACCCACUAACUUUGUUAAAGGUUGGCAAACAUGCAAGAAGAUCAGUUUACAAAUGUUUUGCUCGAGACUCAGUAUGGAAGACAUGUUUAGGUCAAAGAUUGUUGGCUUCAGUAACCUGAAGAAACGUUUAAAUGUCAGCUUAGUAUCAAAAUAUUUAGAAUAGUGGUCUUGGCAAGCUUUACUUUGGCAACCAGAUGCCACUUUACAAACUUAACAUGACCUGUUGUAUUUUCUUUACGACAGAAGUUGUUUUACUAGAAACAAACAUUUGAGUUCAUCCUGAAGUGAAUUUGCUGGCAUGUCUUAAAUGAUUUCCACUUGUGAAUUACAGAAUUGAUUGGAAAUAGCCUUAAAAUCUAGAUUGAUAAGCAUCAACAGAUGCUUCUUUAAAGUCAAUGUAGUUUCCAUGUUCACGUUGUGUUAACACACAUCUGUAUCCUCCAAACAUCCAGACCUUCUGCUCUUAUAGGAGGUGGUCAGACUUGCUGGGUAUCAGAUAAAUAGGAGAAUAUACUUCCCCUUUUCCGGUUAAAUCUUAUUGAAGAUGCAAUGGUCUAGUUGCAAUAAUGAAGCUCACUGUACUGGGGAAACCUAUUAUAGAAAUCCUUGUCUAUUUGGAGGUUCAAUGCCUUUUUGUUUAACAAACUACUUUUAAUGGCUCAAGCUAUGUGGACAAUGUGAAUUCUUCUCGUCUUUUAUAUUUUUCAGACUCGUAAUACAGAAAAGUGACAUGUGAGCCCGUUUUAAAUAUUUUUAUUCAGUGAACUUUCUUGUUUGUGACUUUUCUUGUGAGCACAAAAUAGUUUAACAGUGGCUCAGGUCUUUCCCACAUGAUCCAGAAAGGAUAUAAAAUGAUAUAGAGAAUACAGCUUUAACUCAUAACAUUCUGUGAUGAAAUAGCAUUUGAUAGAUUUUUAUGGCUAUAAAUAUAAACAACAUCCACAGCAUCCAUAGCAAGCAUUCGUGAAGUUCUUAUGAACACCAGAGGAGCAACGGCAAUAGAUAUGUUUGGUGUCAGAGGUCGAAGGUGAAGUCUUGUGGUGAAAACUUAAGGCCAUUUUUGGAGAGACUGUAAUUGGCAACGCAUACUGUUGUGCACAGCAUAUGUUCAAACAGGAAACUCAAUGAAAAGGGAUAUUAAUAAAGAGGCUAACUCUCGCAAAGGAUUCCUUCCAAGAGCUAGAAGUGGUCUAUGCUGCGAAUAAUGCAGAAAGUGAAACUGUUUCAAGCUAAACAGAAACGCAAGAAUCUCGCGCCACUGAUUCACCAUCAGACUCCAGAAGACAAGAGGCCCUAAAAGCAGAUACUUUACAUUCUUAGGCAUCAACUUUCCAGCCAGUGUGCUAAAAACAAUGAAAGAUAAAACCAAAGCCUUUAUUUAUACUACUAGUUUUAAAAAAAAAA